AUAAAGUCACGAUGAAGAACCAAGUCUUUGUUGUCAAAAAUAUCUAACAAUAAAAACGACGUCGUCCGACGACUCUCAAAUUGACUCAAAACACCCGACUGAGUCUCCACCACCGAUCCGAUCCCGAUGGCGUUCUCCACAUCUCACGGCGGCGGCAUCUCCAACGUCCGCCGUGCAUCCACCACCUGGACCCGCUCUCUCCUCCCCUUCACCACCACCAAAUCCACCAAACACACCCGCAAAUCUCGCAAACGCUCCGCCCUCAUCGACUUCUUCUUCGCCAAUUUCUUCCUCAUCGCCCUCUCCGCCUCCAUCCUCUUCUUCCUCCUCGUCUUCUACCUCUACGGCAUCCCCAAACCGGUCAUCUCCCCUCUCCGAACCGGCCGUACCGGUCGAACCUCGGUUAGGUUGCGUAAGCCGGUUUAUCGGAAAAGUACUUCCUUUAGGGUUUCGAAUGGAUCUGUGAAUUUAGGUUUGGAAAGUGCUGACGUGGAUAUUACGACGAAGGAUUUGUAUGAGAGGAUUGAGUUUAAGGAUGAGGAUGGUGGACCGUGGAAGCAGGGGUGGAGGGUUUCGUAUAAGGGAGAUGAGUGGGAUGAGGAGAAGUUGAAGGUGUUUGUUGUGCCGCAUUCGCAUAAUGAUCCCGGAUGGAAGCUUACUGUUGAGGAGUAUUAUGAUCGGCAGAGUAAGCAUAUUUUGGAUACGAUUGUUGAGACUCUGUUGAAGGAUGAAAGGAGGAAGUUUAUUUGGGAAGAGAUGUCGUAUUUGGAGAGAUGGUGGCGGGAUGCUCCGGAUGCAAAGAAGGAGUCGUUGAUUCGGUUGCUGCAGAAUGGACAGUUGGAGAUUGUUGGUGGUGGUUGGGUGAUGAAUGAUGAGGCCAAUUCACAUUAUUUUGCCAUCAUUGAACAGAUGAUGGAGGGAAAUAUGUGGUUAAAUGAAACAAUUGGUGUGAUCCCAAAAAAUUCAUGGGCAAUAGAUCCCUUUGGCUAUUCAUCCACCAUGGCGUAUCUUCUUAAGCGUAUGGGGUUCGAAAACAUGCUUAUACAAAGAACUCAUUACGAAUUGAAAAAAGAAUUAGCUUUACAUCAAAAUUUGGAGUACAUAUGGAGGCAAAGCUGGGAUACUUAUGAAACAACUGAUAUUUUUGUACAUAUGAUGCCGUUUUAUUCCUAUGAUAUUCCUCAUACUUGUGGGCCUGAGCCCGCUGUAUGUUGCCAGUUUGACUUCGCAAGAAUGAAUGGAUUUAUGUAUGAACGUUGCCCCUGGGGACAACAUCCGGAAGAAACAACCCAAGAAAACGUCAAGGAACGAGCCCUUAAACUUCUGGAUCAGUACAAGAAAAAGUCAACCCUUUACCGAACCAACACACUUCUGAUCCCACUUGGAGACGAUUUUCGUUACAUCAGCAUCGAUGAAGCAGAAGCCCAGUUUAGGAAUUAUCAAAUGUUAUUCGAUUAUAUAAAUUCAUCUCCAGAAUUGAACACCGAGGCAAAAUUCGGAACUUUAGAAGAUUAUUUUCGAACAGUAAGAGAAGAAGCUGAAAAAAUAAACUAUACACGUCCUGGUGAAAUCGGGUCGGGUCAGGUUCCCGGGUUUCCUUCUUUAUCCGGUGAUUUCUUUACUUAUGCCGAUAGAGAGCAAGAUUACUGGAGUGGGUAUUAUGUUUCACGCCCAUUUUUCAAAUCAGUUGAUCGUGUACUCGAGCACACUCUACGGGCUACUGAAAUGACAAUGGCGUUUUUACUCGGGUUCUGCCAGCGGGCCCAGUGUGAAAAGUUACCAACGGGUUUCACCCAUAAGUUAACUGCUGCAAGAAGGAAUCUGGCUCUAUUUCAGCACCAUGAUGGUGUAACCGGCACUGCUAAGGAUCACGUGGUUCAAGACUAUGGGAUGCGAAUGCACACUUCGUUACAAGAUCUUCAAAUUUUUAUGUCUAAAGCUAUUGAGGUACUGCUAGGGAUCCAUCAUGAUAAAAAUGAUCAAAAACCGUCACUGUUCGAGCCGGCUCAGGUUCGGUCCAGAUUCGAUGCCCAACCGGUGAACCAACUGAUCAGUGCUAAUCAAGGAACCGUUCAAUCGGUGGUGAUUCUUAAUUCUCUUGAGCAAACAAGAAACGAAAUUGUGAUGUUUAUUGUUGAGAGACCCGACGUAACUAUUCUCGACUCGAAUUGGACUUGUGUUAAGAGUCAAAUAUCUCCUGAAUUGCAGCAUAAUAAAAUGAAGAUAUUUACGGGAAGGCAUAGAGUAUUUUUCAAAGCUUCUGUUCCUGCUAUGGGGUUACAGACGUAUUACAUUGCUAACGGUUUUGUAGGAUGUGAGAAAGCCAAACCGGCAAAGUUGAAAAUUUCAUCAACUGCUAAAAGUCUACCGUGUUUUGCUCCGUAUAGUUGCUCACAAGUGGAAGGUGAUUCGAUCCAGAUUAGAAACCGCCAUCAAGCUCUUACUUUCGAUUCCAAAUUCGGGUUGUUACAGAAAGUAACCGAAACCAAAAGCGGGUCUGAGAAUGUUAUAGAUGUUGAGCUGGCUAUGUACACGAGUCCGGAGAGUGGGGCCUAUCUUUUUAAACCCAUUGGUGAUGCCAAAACGAUCACUGAAACCGGUAGUGACAUUGUAGUUUCAGAGGGUUCUCUGGUGCAAGAAGUUUUUUCGAUACCGCAAACGGGCUGGGCCAAAUCGCCUGUUUCUCACAGCACCCGUAUUUACAUCUGUGAAGGGUCCGUGCAGGAGCUUUUGAUUGAAAAUGAGUAUCACGUGGAGCUUAUCGGGCAUGAGUUUAAUGAUAAAGAAUUGGUUGUUAGGUAUAAAACGGAUAUUGAUAACAAGAGGAUUUUUUAUUCGGAUUUAAACGGCUUUCAGAUGAGUCGUAGAGAAACAUAUGAUAAAAUUCCCCUUCAGGGAAAUUACUACCCAAUGCCGUCACUUGCUUUUAUGCAAGAAUCUAAAGGAACCCGUUUUUCUGUACACACGAGGCAAUCAUUGGGUGUGGCUAGCCCGAAAAAUGGAUGGUUCGAGAUCAUGCUUGAUCGACGGCUGUCACGAGACGACGGUCGUGGGCUCGGUCAAGGAGUAAUGGAUAACCAUCCAAUUAACGUAGUUUUCCACAUCACGUUCGAAUCCAACAUAUCCUCGGUUCUCGACCCAGUGUCACACUCAGGUCCCAUAAGCCCGUCUCUUUUCUCCCAUCGUGUCGGGGCCCACUUGAACCACCCAUUGCAUGCAUUCAUAGCUAAAAAACCACAAGAAAUAUCAGUUCAACCGCCCCCGAGAUCUUUCUCACCCCUAACAGCUCCAUUGCCAUGUGACUUGCAUGUUGUAAGUUUUAAGGUCCCCCGACCGUUAAAAUACACACAACAGAAUCUUGAAGAACCGAGGACGGUCUUGAUUUUGCAGAGAAGACAUUGGGAUUCAUCGUACUGUCGAAAAGGAAGAUCGGAUUGUUCAAGGAUAGAUGAUGAGAAUUUGAAUCUGUUGAACAUGUUUCAGGGUCUUGAUGUUUUAAAUGCCAAAGCUACCUCUUUAAAUCUUUUGCAUGAUGAUACAGAGAUGCUUGGAUAUGGUGAAAGCGUUCCAGAUGUUUCUCAAGGACGGCUUGUUAUCUUGCCUAUGGAGUUGCAUGCUUACAAGUUCGAUUUACGGCCUGUUGCCAGUUAACUUAUUGUGGGUUUGAUUUGAUGAUUAAUGUUAAAAUGAGGGCAGUGGAUGGGCCAAAAGGAUGCCGAUUGGCCCAGCUCGAAUGAUACAUUAAGCAUAUCCUUUAUGGUGACAAGUUAAACCUUCCAAGAAAUGGGUUCCUGUCUGUUUCUUGGGAAGAAACGUAGCGCAAGAAUGAUAGGUAGGAUAACAGAUUAGUAGAUUAUGUUUGUAUCAGUUUUGUCUUUCGGUUUUUCGUAGAGUUUUGUUUUAUGUAUGAUGAAAAACAUUAUUGUUGUUUAUGUACACUUCAUAACAUAUCAUAUGAUAAUCAAGAGAAGCGUUACCGAUUGAGUUGA